AUGUAUACUAGUAUCGAGUAUUUUCAAAAAGAGUUACCAUCAAAACAUGAAACUGAUCAUGAUCUCUUAUUUUCCAAAGCAUUUGCCAUUAAAUACAAUGCCAAAAAGAUGAAAAAAUUAGAAAAAGAUUAUGCAACAAUUAGAAAAGAAGAACAAGAAGAACAAAUUGAAAUUAGACGUUUAAAAACUGAAAAUAAAUUAUUAAGACAACGUGUAGAAAACUUGGAAAAGGAGAGUGCCAAUUUGGCUGAUCGAUUAAUUCAAGGACAAGUAACAAAUGCUCAAAGUGCCGAAGAACUUUAUCAAUUGAAACGUGACAAUUGUAAUUUAAAAAAACAAUAUGAGGAAAUAAAACAAAAUCCAAUAAUAUCUCAUUCACAAUCAUUUCCAUUAUCAAUAUCGCCAACAAAUAGUAGUAAUGAUUUAAUCAGGCCACUUAAUCAAGUAUAUAGAAGAGAAUAUAUUGAGACUCGAAUAUUUCACCAGAAGUAUCAACAAUCUGAUUUUUUAACAUUAUCAUCGUCAUCCACACCAAACCCAUCAAAAUUAGAUCAAUUGGAAGAACAAUUAAAAUAUUAUCGAUCAAAAGAAAGUGAAAUGAAUAUUGAAGUGAAAUCACUUCGAGAAUCUAUGAAAAAACUAAAUGAUGAAAAUCGUCGAUUACAAGAAACGCCUCAAAUUGAAAUAGCUUCAUUACAAGAAGAAUUAACUUUAGUUAAAAUGCGUGAUGCAGAAGCAACUGUUAAUUUGAAUGAAUUAAAACAAAGAGUAGUAGAUUUAAAUAGAGAAUGGCAAAUACACGAACAAAAAUGUAAAAUAUUAUUAUCUGAUAAACAACAACAAAUAUUAACACCUCAAGAAUAUGAUGUAGUUGAACAUGAAUUAUUAACAUUAAAAAUGCGUGAAGCACAAACAGAUUGUGAAAAUAAAUUAUUAUCACAAAAAAUAAUGGAUAUUGAAACGCAGAAACAAGUGGCCUAUAAUCAAAUAAAACGCCAAGAUGAAGAAAUUCAACGAAUCAAAUUAGAACUACAACAAUCUCAGACAAAAGAAAAUGAAUUACGAACACAAAUGAUCGAUGUUAGAUAUCAAAUGAGAGAUUUAGAAAUCAAACAAAAAGAAGAUUCAAUGAUGAUUAAAAUACGAGAUGCAGAAAGUACUCAAAUGAUAGGAGAUUUAAGACAAAAAAUUGCGGAAUUAGAAGUAAAGAAUCAAGAAUUGGUUACAGCUGAUCAAUUAUCUGAUGAUAAAGAUUUACAAGAAAAAUUAGCUGAAUUACAGGAAGAGAUAAUGAAUUUACGUUUUAAAAAUGGUUCAUCAUCGGCUUUAUAUCGUCGUUAUUCAAUGUCAAAUUAUCAAAAUGAUUAUGAAGAUAGUGGCGAUGAAGAUCAAGAUGAUUUAUAUUCAUCAGUAGGCAUUUCAAAUACAUCACAUUCCAAUUUAAUACUUCCAUCAAUAUUAUCGCCAAAACAUCUACGUUCAUCUUCACUAAAAUCGUCAGCUUCAAUUCCAUCACUUAAAACAAAUGGAACUCGUUUACCAACACAAUCAAAUUUAGAUAAAACUAAAAGGACGUCAUCAUGUGUAUUGGAUGUUAAAUCUGAUUCGUUUCACAUUCGUUCACCAUCUGCAUAUCAAGAUGAUUUUAAUCGAAACAGUGAUUUAGACGAUUCGGCUACAUCUAUAGCUGAUUGUAAAACGAACAACAUAGUUUUAUCAUGA